AACAGUUUACUACAAAAGCCAAGUAAAUACUCAGAAUUGUUAUUUAUUUAUAUAAAACAUUACAUCCUUGCAAGCCACUACCAUUCUUGAAGAACUACUUUGCAUUGCGAAGAUACUAGGCGUACUUAUGAACGCUAAUUGCUAAUAAUGAAAUAAGAUUAUUAUUUUAUUACUAUAAAUUGCUAACUGAAGUUCAACCUGGGAGGAUUUGUGAGUUUAGUCAGUGCAGAUUUACACGACGUGAUAAGUUAAUAGUUGGUUUUAAAAGUAGCUAGUUUUGACACUUGGGAUUUAAGAGACAAUAUAUUUCUUGGCGACCAAAACAAUCAGAAGUUUGAAGCAUGCCUACAGAUGUGCGGAAUCUAGGUACUUACCUUAAGUGGAGCGUUAGUCUUUUUUCAGAUCUGACAAUGAACAAAUGGUGAUAAUAUAGUCGAUUCCAGUCCAUCCUUGCGUUGCAGACGGACUGGGAAAGAUGAUGCACAGAAGCAGGUUAUGCUAUGUGAAAAGUUCCGGAAAAUGGUCCCAUUACUUAGCUUUGGACCAACGAGUCUCCGUUGGACACAGAAACGUUCUUGUUUGUUUCUAAACGCAUUUCUCACAACAAUGUCGAACGCGCUUUUGUGGAAAUUCAUUUUUAUAACACCUGAACUAGUAUCCAUCGAAUUAUAGGCGAAGACUAUAAAGUCACAUGGUGGUACGUUUGUACGCUUUACUAAUGAAUCGCUACGUCGACUUCAGUAUCGUGAAGGAAUCCGUUCUUUCCACUUCUUCCUAUCCCCUAGCCAGAGUAAAAACACCGGCUUUACAAAUGAUGCUUUUUGAUUUUGACCCAAUAUGAGUGAGCAAAAUACAUUAAGUUUGUCGAUUCAUAUUGUCAAUAAAAAAAUAAAUAGGAUAUUCGAACUGAGUAUAUGUUCAGAUUCCACAUCCUCAACACUUCGUUCCCCAUGUUAGUUUCCAAUCUCUUUAAUGUAAUCUUCUAACCUAAAAAACGAAAGAAAUUAUUGUUGUCUUUGCUCAAGCUCUUAGUGUCACACCGAACCUGUCCAGGGCGCCGACUCUACGGAGUUUCUCGAUAAAGCAUACGUUAAGCGUUUUCAAUCGAGCGCAUUCGUAAUACUCCACUAGAACCUUGAAUAUUAGUCUCAGUUACACAGCAUACGUCAAUGUUGGGGGUUCAGUGACAAUUAAAGCUGUCAGUUGUUCGAUCUGCACCAGUCAGUGAGUGCUGACGGUAACGAGCUAAAAUAGCACACAUGGUUUCCUAGUUGUGUCAGGUUUGUUUAGCGACAGCGCAUAACUUUUAACAGUAAUUAGGUUAAAGAUUCAGAUUAUUAUAAGAAAACGUACAAUAAAAAAAGUAGGACAUCAAAGUGAAAUGAAACAAAUUUGUUUUCAUAUCUUUCGAACACAACCGUCUAAUAUAAUUGAAUCAUGGUGAUUUCUGAAGCCUCAUGGAUAUACAGAUCCCAACAGGUGACUUUCUCAAAGAACCUUUGCUCAUGGCCUUCGAUUUAAGCCAUUGAAGCACGUCAAAUGUUGCCUGGCGGUAGUUGGUUCUUUACUGCAACGUUGUAGUUUAAUUAUUUGAAAGUGUGCACGUAUUUGAAUUUCACACUUUUUUUUCAAGAAGUGCACAUUUUAAUCGUCAUGUAGACUGUAUCCCACCACUUAUGUCAGGGAAAUGUAUCUAUACUUCCACUUUCUGUUCGUUCCAUUUGUGCACUAAAACAGAAUUGAUAUUUAGUUUGUUUAUCUAAACUUUAUUUCAAAACGCAAAUAUAUUUUGUCAAAAUAAACUUACAUACGUCAUGACUUUUACUCAGGUGUCAUCAUGGAACAAUGUGUAGCUGAUUGUCUUAAGAGUGAUGACUGUGUGAUGAUUGUAUGGUCGGGCGAAGUUCAAGAAGACGUUAUGCGUGGUCUACAAGUGGCUGUUUCUACAUAUGUUAAGAAGCUGCAGUUCGAAAACCUGGAGAAAUUCAUGGACAUUUCAACUGUAGAUAGUCAGUUUCACGAUUUUUCUGUCAUACUUUGUGGUUGGCCUAACUCGAUAGGCGUAAACAUACUCAAACUUGGCUUGCUAUCAAACCUUUUAUCCUGUUUGCGACCUGGUGGGCGAUUUUUUGGUCGUGACCUAGUUACGGGUGACUGGGAUUCUUUGAAAAAGAACCUAACUCUUUCUGGGUACAUAAAUCCUUACCAGUUGUCAUGUGAAAACCACUUAAUAUUCAGUGCCUCUGUUCCGUCCAAUUAUACGCAGGGUUCUAGUGUCAAACUUCCGUGGGCUAACAGUGAUGUCGAGGCGGCUUGGGAAAAUGUUGAUAAUACAUCUGACGCCAAUGGAAACAUUAUAAAUACAAAUGCACUUUUACAAAAAUCAGAUUUGAAAACUCCUUUGGCUGUCUGUGGCAAAGACCCUGCUACUGAUUCAGAUGGAAAAAAGAAACGGGCUUGUAAAAACUGUACAUGUGGCUUGGCUGAAAUUGAAGCAGCGGAAGAAGUUAAAUCUGACGUCCCAAUAUCGUCCUGUGGAAAUUGUUAUCUCGGGGAUGCUUUCCGAUGUUCUACAUGCCCUUACCGUGGGCUUCCACCAUUUAAGCCUGGCGAAAGAAUUCUAAUACCGGAUGAUGUUUUGAAAGCUGAUUUGUGA